UUUACCUUCAUACUAGAUGUUGUUUUUUCAGAUGCGUUGGUUCGUGGCGUGUGUGUUGUGUUGUGUGGCGGUCAGCGGUGGCGGUGGAGUUACUAAACAACCGGGCAUCGCCCAGUUCUGGACGGACGACUACAAGGUGUUCGAGCACAUCUACGGCCGGACCUCCGACCGGGAAUUAUUCGGAGCCACCGUCCCGCCGACCCUGGCGUACGGCGUCGAUCCCACCAGGUUCAAGAUAGCCACCGACAAAAAGGAACUCACUUAUGACGAUGAAGAAGACACCACGGCUCAAGGCUCGCAUGUGGAACCAGGGUACAAAGCUAAUUACGACACGGGAUAUGAGCAAAGAGAGCCAGAGAAACCAAGCUACGGAUACCACGACAACUAUGCCGCUGUCGUGGCUAAGCAGCAGUACCUGAAAAGCUUGGAGAAAGAGGCGGUGAAGCCGACGAAGCCUUCCUUUAAGUUCCUGGGCUACGGAGACUUCAAGCCCAUCAGCCAGGCCAAUGACCCCGACACCUAUCAGUACUUGAAGCAUCUGGAAGCCCUGCAGAAGCAGGAAGCUAUUGGGUUCCCGCAAGAGAGUGUCAGAGGAUUCAAACCAGCGGUCACCUACUCGCUCAACCCUCAAAGCAUCGGAGUGCCAGUCACAGGACUCUCAGGUCACCAGAAUAUACUCCACGCUACGAAUCCGGAAAACACUGAUGCGUAUAAAAGCAUCCAGGAUAUUUUAAACGCUCAUGAGGCCAAGAAGUCCAAGACUCGGCCGAAAUACGGUCCAGGCGAUGACGUGAAGUACAUCACAUAUGGAAGCGCUAGGAGCAAGAAGCCAGUACGACUAGUUCAGGGUAAUGACAUAUCGAAGUCGUAUCGAUGUGCAAGUGGUAGCACCAGCCCCAGGUGUAGAAAGAGAGCGGUGUCGUCGCCCCCGCGAGUCAGAACGAGACAGGUGAUCAGGAAGAUCAAGCACACCAUCGUGAAUGAUGAUGAUUGAGGGUUGACGGGAAAAAGCUUUAUAAUUUUGUGCAAUAUUUUUUUCCCAUUGUUAUUUUUAUAUCAUUAGUAGUAGUAAGUAUGUAUAA